AUGCUCCAAUCGCGAUUGGGUGCCCGAAUAGGCUGGAGCAUUCCUCGUCAUGAGCUGUGUGUUCCUCUUCAAGUGUCCAAUCAAUCGUGCCGAUCAUUCGUGCAGACGCCAAUCCUCCCAGCAAAGCCUCUUCCACCUCGUCUCAAGAUCAACGAUGCCGACUUGACCGUGUCCUACCUCAAAGGCACCGGGCCUGGCGGUCAAAAGAUUAACAAAACCAAUUCCGCGGUCCAGAUCAGCCACGCCCCUUCGGGCAUCGUUGUGAAAUGCCAGGCAACGCGAUCACGCUCUCAGAAUGAGAAGAUUGCCCGCUCACUACUAGCGGAUAAAGUGGAGGCGCAAGAAAAGGGUGACCAGAGCCGCGUAGCCAUUAAGGCGGAGGCGGCGCGGAAGAAGAAAGCCAGCAAGUCGAAGAAGACGAGAAGAAAGUAUCGAGGGUUAGAAGAGAAGGAAAGCCAAAAUGGCGCAGAACACACCGGUGGCGAAAAUGAGCUUUCAGCACGAGGUACCAAGGACACGGAUCCUCAAGAAAGGACUGUGAACGAUGUCCCACCUGCAACGGAGUCAACAAGGUGA